UAUUUUGAAAAACGUUGUUUUCGGUUCUCAUGGAGUGGAAUUUAGAUGAGGAAUUGCAAUAGUUUGAUAAUAUUAGUUUAUUAAUUUUAAUUAAUAUUAAUAAAAUAUUACGCACAAAGUUUUGAAACACAUUUUAAUCAGACAGAAAAAUACAAAUCAUAUGUCCGCAAGUGAUGCAAAAAAGCUUACCUCAAAAAUGCCAGCUGUCAAUGCGGUCGCCGACACAAGUGCCAAACGUGAAUCUGCCCCACCAAUGUCUAUGACAAAUGGAACAACAAAAUUAUCCUCCCUGACCCCAGCCAGGGAUCUGACGCUAGGUGGCAGAGGCGGUAUAUCAUCGGCGGCCAAGAAAGUAUUCGUACCCAAUCUGAAUGCUGUAAGAAAUAAAAAUGCAAACGUUAAAACUUCAAAGGACACCACACAAAUGCGAGGUCGUGGUCGAGGACGUGGUGUAGAGAGAGGGGCUGGCAGAGGUGCAAGUCGUGGAGGCAGAGGUGGUGCCUCAACUUUAAUACAAACAGCAGGUGUCUUUUCUGAAGGCGCUGGAGCUGUCAAUAUUCGAAAAGCUGCGAGUCUAUCCAGCUACUCCCGAGAUGUGGAUGAUUCGCCGUCUGCUAUGAGAAAACCCACUAUACUUAAAAUGGAAAAGAAGCUGGACUUAAAAGCAGAAUUGGCUAGAGAUAAAGACAUACUAAAAGUGCUUGACGAUGAUGAGGAGGAGGAAGAUGAAAAAAAGACUGAUUUGGAUAGGAUUCCUGUUCAAUUGCAAGAAGGCAAAUGGAAAUAUUUAAAACCUGAAAUCAAAAUGGAACUCCCCAACUCUGAAACGUCUAUAAAUAUAUCGAGUGAAGAAUCUGUAACCAUAGCAUCUCAGAUCCAAGCAAUGCACGUUGCUGAGCAACAAAACCGACCGUUGCCUCGUUAUCCCCAGUCGUUGCAUGAACUUCUAACAAGCACGACACAAUCACAAAUAUUUUUAAUGCAACUGCCAGAUACGUUACCUUGUGUUGACGAGGACAUAGAUUCCCCGGAAACUUCCAAGGCUACAGAUGAUGCGAAAUCUCAAACUCCCGCCGAAACUCAGAAAAAAUCCACUAAAGAGCAUAUAUUAAAGAAAAUGGAUGAAGGUCAGGUGGGUCGUUUGAUACGCUAUCGAUCUGGUAAAACGAAACUAAUAUUGGGAGAAACUCAAUUUGACAUGGACAUUGGAAUGGAAACUGGAUUUCUUCAGGAUUUAAUGUCAAUUAGCUGUAAUCGCGAAGAACGUAGUGGUAACAUGAUAAACCUGGGACCAAUACAAGCCAAAAUCACCGCCACACCUGACUGGGAACAUUUACUGAAAGAGUCCUUGACAGAUGAUGACAAACUAUAGCAUAUACUUUUCCUACGUACUCUACACUGGACUAGUUGUCACGAUUCUUCCUUUCGUGUGUACAUAACAAGUCAACAUCGUUUUUCGCAUUUUGUUAGUUUUUUUUAUUAUGCUAUACAAUUGAAAUUAUUUUACCCAUUCAUUUGCACUUCACAUGUCUUACAAAGAAAAGAGAAAGAAAAGAAACUUCGAUGCAACAAUAAACAAUACAGUUGAGGCUUAAUUACAACUUAA